AUGGGUAUAUGUAUGUUCAAGAUGAUGACGACAACUCCAAUGGGAACUCGAGCAUCGACAACGCAGUUUGUGACCAACUCACUCUCAACACGCUUGCCAGAACUCAGCUGCGAUCCUGAAGAUGAAUGCACUCUCGACGGCGAAAACUUCACAAUGGAUUUGAUGUUACCGCAGACAACCGACAAGAUGGGACCACGCGAUGCUAAAAUGGCGGACCAAUUCAAUCGACACAAUGGAUUACGGCGAUGUCACUUCAAGCUUGAUCAUGUAGUCUACGAGAACGAUUACAGCAAGAGGCACUUGGACUCUCGGAAUCUCGCUCGACUCCUUGGAAAUGUCGUAUAA